AUGAGAUCUCUUCAACGCUACAUAGAGAAUAAAGGCAGCCUAGAGGAUUCUGGUCCAGAGGGCUUACCGGUUGAACAAGUUUUAAAGAUUACAAUCCUUGACAUUCGUGUUGGAAACACGGAUAGACACGAAGGUAAUAUACUCAAGAGAACGGACCAAAACCACAAAACCGUGUUGGUUCCUAUUGACCAUGGGUAUUGUUUCCCUGAAAAGUUCGAAGAAGGGUCAGCUUCCAUUAAAACCAAUAAAUGA